GCCACCUGAGAGAACUUCUUAGUGACAUGACGAUUCUCGCCGGAUUGAUACGACGGCGGUUUAGUAGAUUGGUUCCGGUUACGAUUCCGGUUCAAUUGAAUUACGGAUUCGUACCGAGCCAAAGUACUCGGUUGCUGAGCGGCGAGGCUGAGUCGAAUCGGAACGAGUUUCCGGUGGAGAACGCGUACGUUAUCUUGAAUGUCUCCGAAACCAGCUCAAUCGCAGAGAUCAAAGCAUCAUUUCGCAGACUCGCCAAAGAGACUCAUCCUGAUCUGAUCAAGUCAAAGAACGAUCCAUCUAAUUCCAUACGCUUCGUUCAGAUUCUCGCUGCUUAUGAGAUUCUUUCAGAUUCUGCAAAGAGAGCACACUAUGAUAGAUAUUUGCUAUCUCGGAGAAUGGUAAUGACGAGACAAUCUAGACAAGGAGAAGCAAUACAUGAUAUAGUAUUGGAGAAGAGAGUGGCAAAUGGUACAGGUUACUUAGAUGAAUUGGAAGAAGACUUUUAUUCGGCUAUACGAGCGCGUACUUUGGACCUGAUAGUUGAAUCUGUGGAGCUUCUUCCUGAUUGUUUUGAAGCUGAGGAAAGGUCUGUGUAUGAUACACGAGAGGUUUUGCAUUUGGUUUCAGGACGAGAUCUUUUUGGUAUGGUUUGCUUGGUUGAUAACUUCCUUGAGCUUUCUUCUGCUUGCUCCAAGAAAUUGGCUUUGUCGUCAUUUAUGGAUCCGGACCUGGGUCAGGCAGUUGAGAAAGGCAAGUAUGACAUGAUGUCUGAUGAAAGGAUUGGUCUUCAGAUAUCUCAUAUACAAUCUUCGAGAAGUAAAAACCAUGUUUCAGAUGCAUAUAAAGAUAUUCAGCUGCAUGUUUCUGGAAGAGUUGUUGCUACAGCCAUUAGGGUUCCCCCAAAAGGGUAUAAUGAAAAGAAACCAAUUGAGGGUGAUCACGAUCUCAUACACGUUUUCCUCAAUUCAGAUGAAGGAUCUAAUCAUGAAACUGAAUCGUCACCUGGAAAUGAAAGUGGAGCCAGACUUCUUGUUGGAACUAUAAGUGGUCUUGGGACAAGCCCAGAUGAAGGUUCAUGUUAUGUCCAUGAUGGGAAUGGUUUUAAGACUCAUGUGAUAAUGAAACAUAGGACAUUUCUGGUGAGGCAUUUGCACUGGUACAAAAUUGGGGAAAAGGUUUCCAUUUGCGAGUGUAGAUGCAGUAGGGCGAAAUUACCACCAAACAAGUUUUGGUUGUUUGAGCCUCGUUGUGGUUUGCAUGACGUCGGAGGAUGGUAUGUUGAAACUUAUGGGAAAGAUAAAAAGAGCAGGACGGUCUUGGCACAAAGAUUCUGGGAUGGACUGGAAGAGGGGAGUACACUGGAUGGGAGACUGCACCCUGGUAUCUACUUGCUUACACUAGCAUAUCGAACUCUUGAUCUUGAAGAUGAAAAGAGAAGGAAACGGUCAAUGUUGGAGAUCAUCGAGGCACAGCUAUCUAAAACGUUGGAUUGGUGUAAAGAAUUGGUUAGAAGAAAGGGCCUUGGAACUUAACGUGGUUAAUCUUCUCCCUUUCCGAGUGAAGAUCCAAAGAUGAUUGGCUUUUCAAUUUCCAAAUGGAUACAAGCACUUCCAUGCCUGAGGUUGUGGUGAACAAAGGCUUCUCUAAAGG